AUGCAGCCUACGUCUUCUAGUGAGGGGGAGCGGUCCUUUUUGCCUUGUCGUGAGGGGGAGGACCCUUUAGCUGAUGAGGAGCAUUUGGAUGAUAUUGGGUUGGGAAUUGGAGUUGAUGCUCCUUCCCAAGACCAUGUCCAGCUGGAGUCCACUUUGUUGCCACUCCCAUAUAGUCCUCGCCGCCUUUCUCCACGUCCACCUCAUCGGCCCCUGGUACGUCCAGCUCUGGUGAUGAUGAUGUUCAUGAUGGUAGAUUGCCCGAACCUCACAUUUCCCCUACACCUCCUUGUCGCAACCCAGCCCGAGAAAGGCGCCCUCCAUCUCGGCUCGAUGAAUACGAGGUAG